CACAAAAACCCUAGCGCGCCCCACGCCGAGCCCAAAACCCUAACCUCCUCGCCUCCCCUAUUAAAGUCUGCAUCCAAGAAACCCGCUGCCACUAGGCGCAUCCGCAUCUCCACCCUCUCCUCGAGCGCAGCGCAGGCAAAGUGUAGAGAUGGCGGCGGCGGUGCUCGGAACGGAGAGGGCAGCUGAGGCGGCGGCGGCGGCGGCCGUGCUGGCAGUCGCAGCUGCCGCCCAGAGGCGUUUGGCCCUGCUAGCUCUCGCGAUUGAAGCUGUAAACAUUGGAGUGGAUAUAUUUAAUGAAGACGAGCGGGCUAUUUACAAGCAACUUGGCAGAAUCAAAUCUGAAACUUUCCCUGAGACUAAGGAUGCUGGGGGAUCAGAUGACGAUGACGACGACGACGAAGAUGAGGAUGAUGAAGGUGGAGAUGAUGAUGAUGAUGCCGAGGAGGAAUUAUCUGGGGAUGAAGAAGGGGGUGAAGAUGAUGAUGACGAUGCUGAUCCUGAGGCUAAUGGUGAAGGAGGGAGUGAUGACGAAGAUGACGAUGAAGACAGUGGUGAUGAAGAUGAUGAUGAUGAUGAUGACGACGACGACGAUGAAGAUGAGGAAGACGACGACGAUGAGGACCAGCCGCCUUCCAAGAAGAAGAAAUGAUCUGGCUUCCUACAUUCUGCAUCCACCUCCUUCGCUUGUUUCAGGCUGUUGUGUUGUUUAGAUGAUGGAACAGGUUUGGGACCUAUGUAGCUUGUGGCUUGUUUGUCAGGUCUCAUAGAAUUGGAAAACUUUGACAUCUGAUGUUAAAUUGUUAUAUUGUGUUUUCCCCUUUGUGCAUGUAGUCGUUAAAUGCUGUGUUUAGUGGGAUCAUUUUACUGUUAUUUGGAGCUGUGAUUCUGUAUCAUGCAUUCAAUCCAAUUCUUGUUACUGAGGCCUGAAGUGUAAUCGCUAACAUGUAGAUACUGUAAGCAUCAUGCAAUGUUCUCUCAA